CUGCUGGGCGUGGGCUCCACAGACCUCCUCCUCCUCGUCCUCCUCCUCCUCCUCAUCCUCCUCUCCGCUCCUCGCUCAUCAGGCGCAUUGUUCAACGCGGGCUCCUUUUCCUAAGAAUCCAAUUGAAUUCGCGUUUAGUUUAUCCCACACGGAGGAGAAAGUGCUGCUUUACUAGAAGAAGUGACGGCGAGGGGCCCUUGACGUCAGCGAGAGCCGCGACAGACUUGAGACACUGUCCGCGAGACCGCGUCGCCUUCUGUGGGAAUCGUGGACAUCUGCUUGUGUGGUGCGCGUGGCCAGAAGCAGCGGUGAGGAUGACGGAGUAUAAGCUGGUGGUAGUGGGAGCAGGGGGUGUGGGGAAGAGCGCUCUGACCAUCCAGCUCAUCCAGAACCACUUUGUGGACGAGUACGACCCAACCAUCGAGGACUCGUACCGGAAGCAGGUGGUGAUAGACGGCGAGACGUGUCUGCUUGACAUCCUGGACACGGCUGGCCAGGAGGAGUACAGCGCCAUGCGGGACCAGUACAUGAGGACCGGCGAGGGCUUCCUCUGCGUCUUCGCCAUAAACAACACUAAGUCCUUUGAGGACAUCCACCAAUAUAGGGAACAGAUCAAGCGGGUGAAGGACUCGGACGACGUGCCCAUGGUCCUGGUGGGCAACAAGUGCGACCUGCCGGCCCGCACGGUGGACACCCGGCAGGCCCAGGAGUUGGCCCGCUCCUACGGCAUCCCCUACAUCGAGACCUCGGCCAAGACGCGACAGGGAGUGGAGGACGCCUUUUACACAUUGGUUCGGGAGAUUCGACAGCACAAGCUGAGGAAACUCAACCCGCCCGACGAGAGCGGCCAGGACUGCAUGAGCUGCCGCUGUGUGGUGUCAUGAUGCACUGAAGCUCCCCCCGGGAGUGGCCGGGCGAGGGACAGACGUUCCCGCGCGUGGACGUGGCAGCAUGGACUCCAGAACGGCUAGCUUACACCGCCCUCGUGAAGAAACGUUCUGGGAAAAACCUGAGGAGGAGAAAGGACCCUCACAGAAGCAUACUCACAAACAAAAAAAAGAAAAAGAAAACGAAAGUACACACAUGUAAAAUAUCGACGCCAGAACUGAUUGUACCCAUGAGAACUUUGUACUAUGGAACGGACGAAACUGGUUUGUGUUGGCUGGCAGUUCUAGAA